AUGGCAUGCGUGGAGCUUCUGUACCUCACCAAAGAGGGUGGUCAGUCCGAUCAGUGUCAGAAUAUGGACUGGAGCGUGCCUACUCCCCCUGGUCAGGGACAGCCCGGUGAAAGUGCAGGAAGGACUUCAACCAUAUCCAUGGCUGCUGAAUGCUGCGAGAGGCACUGCAAAGCCAUCCAAAGGUCAGAUCUUGCUGAAGCCCCUCUUUCCUUCACCACUGGUUCCUCACCGUGCCCAGAAUGUACAACCACAGGUGAGAUCACCUGCCAUCCCAGCUUUCCCAAAGAAGCAAAGGAGGCAACCCAACAGAGAGCUUGCUGCUGCGAAUCGGAGACGUCCUUCACUUUCGUGGACGAAAAUGUCAACAAUCUAGACUACGCAGGACGUCUUGCCCACAAGAGCUGCUGCCAAGGCCAGGAUCUCAUUCCCCACCCUGACCCUGCUGGAGGGAUGCCCCUCGAAUGGCCCUACGAUCCACCCUCGCUGAUUUCCGAGGAAAACGAUGAUGCUGCCUCGGAAGCUGAUGGAGGAAAGUCAAUAGACUAUGGCUUCGUCAGCGCCAUCUUCUUCCUGGUCAGCGGGAUAUUGCUAGUGAUCAUUUCCUACGUGGUCCCCAGGGAUGUGACCGUGGAUCCCAGCACGGUGGCGGCAAGGGAAAUGGAGCGGCUGGAGAAUGAGAGCGCCAAGAUUGGGGCUCACCUGGAUCGUUGUGUGAUUGCCGGGCUCUGCCUUUUAACGUUGGGGGGCGUAGUACUGUCCAGUUUGCUCAUGAUCUCUAUGUGGAAAGGCGAGCUCUACAGGAGAAGCAGGUUUGCAGCCUCCAAGGAAUCGGCCAAGCUCUACGGCUCCUUUAAUUUCCGAGUGAAAUCUUCCACAAACGAUAACAUGGAGUUAUCGUUAGUUGAGGAGGAUGCUCUUGCCGUAGAUAGUUAG